UAAUCCUUUUUUAUUAUCAACAACAAAAUCCUUCCAGAGAAUGAGAAAUUUAGAUCGGACUGAAGCGAAAUCCUAGUUCAAUGGCUGUUUCACAUCGAACAAAUCUUCGUCUUCUCCAAUUUCCACUCAUCUGUUCUUCUGAGAGAAAAUGCACUUAUGUGAUUUCAGAGGGUUCUUCAAAUUCGAACUCUCUAAUUCGAUCUUUAUUUACAUCGAAAUGUAAUUACAUAUCUCUUCGGAGGAGGAGAAAUGCUUUUUUGUUUGUUCCGGUUACAAUAUUGUUUUCUCGUAGAGUGAAAUGUUUCACAAAAUCUACUGAUGAGAAUUGGGCACUAGGAGAAAGUAUUGACCAAGAAUGGAACGAUGAUGGUGAUAAUAAUGAUGAUGGUGCUGAAUUGAGUAGUAAUUCCAGUGGUGUUGGUGAUUUUACUACUCGACAAGUUUCAGUUUCGGGGAAUCAACACUUGAAUGAACCACAGAAGUUGUCUAGUGAUUCUCUUUCAUUGGGAAUAAAGGAGCCUAUUUAUGAGGUGGUAGAAGUGAAGUCGAAUGGUGAACAAUCGAUUCAGAAGAUUAGUCGGCGGCAGCUGUUGAAAUCCAGUGGUCUUCGUCCACGUGAUAUUCGGAGUGUGGAUCCAUCGCUAUGGAUGACAAACUCAGCGCCUACUUUGCUGGUUAGAGAACAUGCUAUUCUAUUCAAUCUUGGCUCGCUGCGUGCAAUUGCUAUGCAAGAGCGUGUGCUUAUAUUUGAUUAUAACAGGAAGGGAGCAAAGGCUUUUCUAGAACAUUUGCUGCCUCGGUUAGUCCCUAAAGAUGUAAAUGGAGUGCCGUCAAUGCCAUUUGAACUAGAGGUAGUUGAAGCUGCACUGGUAUCCCGGAUACAGCGUUAUGAGCGAAGACUGAUGGACGUGGAACCUCGUGUUGUAAAACUACUGGAAGUUUUGCCCAAUCGGCUGACAGCUGAUGUAUUGGAGCAACUUCGUUUGAGUAAGCAAACCUUGGUUGAAUUGGGUUCACGAGCAGGGGCACUCAAACAAAUGCUGCUUGACCUUUUAGAAGAUCCCGAUGAGAUACGCCGUAUGUGCAUCAUGGGAAGAGAUUGCACCAUUAGGAAAGGGAGCACUGACAUGGAUUGUGCUUUUGAUGUAGACAAACAAAUCGCUGAAGAAGAAGAGGAAGAAAUAGAGAUGCUCUUGGAAAACUAUCUACAAAGAUGUGAAUCUUGUCAUGCUCAGGCUGAGAGACUGCUUGAUUCGGCAAAGGAAAUGGAAGACUCUAUUGCUGUGAACCUAAGUUCUCGGAGACUUGAGGUCAGUAGAGUGGAACUGCUUCUUCAGGUUGGCACAUUUUUUGUAGCUAUUGGUGCUCUUGUAGCAGGUAUAUUUGGUAUGAAUCUAAAGUCUUAUCUGGAAGAACAUGUGUUUGCAUUUUGGUGGACAACAGGUGGAAUCAUACUCGGUGCUUUUGCGGGAUUCUUUCUUAUGUACACUUACCUCAAGGCGAGGAAAAUAUUAUAUUAGAUGCAUUCAACAAGGUAAAUGAAAAGCCUUCCCUCCGAACUACUGGUGGUCCAGGCAGUGCCAUAGCAAGCUUUUUAGGAGCUCUAGGCAAAGUGACGAAAUGAGGUCCAAAAUGAAAAAAAUCUUUUGUUUUCAUAGAACAAUAUAGAUAGUAUACAUUAAAGCUUGCAAAUCAAACAAGAAAGUGCCACAUUUCAGGAAGGAAAAAAAACAAUUGUUUUUCUGUUAAGAAAAAGAUUAUACUCCAGCCAGAAAGGAAAGACGGGAUAGUAUCCAGCCAUUCUCUCCAGUCCAGAGUUCUAGUUCUUCUACAAAACUGAGCUGCUCUAUCAGCUAGAUCAUUAUAAUCCCUACUCAAGAAAUCUACUUUGGCAUAAUUAAAAGCAUUUAGAUUAUAUUGUACUAUUGAACCAACUUAUCUGGUUGUUAUUUGUAUACUGAUAAGAAAUAACUAAUUUAGCAUCACUGAUUAAGCA